CAAAGAUGUCUCCACCAGCAGACUCCAAAGCUAAUUCAGUUGUGAUCCCCAUUGCCGAAGAUGAAACACCUCCCCACGAUGAGCAAAAGCAGCAGCCCGAGCAACGGCAGGACUAUUCCUUCGUUAGUUUGCUUCACUCUCUUCUUCCUCUCCUUCCACAAGUAAACGCUCGAUGGCUGAUACACGGCGCCAAGGUUGGAUUAGCCCUGGUCCUGGUCUCGCUCCUCUACAUGCUUGAGGUCGUCCAUGAUCGGCUCGGCGACAAUUCGAUGUGGGCGGUCAUGACUGUAGUCGUCGUCUUUGAGUUCACAGCAGGUGCGACCAUUGGUAAGGGAAUUAAUCGUGGGAUAGGCACUACCCUAGGAGGAGGGCUUGGCUCUUUGGUGGCUCUUUUGGCUCAAGAGAUUGGUGGAAUUGGCAAACCUAUGGUCAUCGGGAUCUCCGUAUUCAUCUUCUGUGGAAUGGCCACAUAUUCUCGGAUGAUUCCUAGCUUUAAGAAGAAGUAUGACUAUGGGGCAUUGAUUUUUAUCCUUACAUUCAGUUUGAUUGCUGUUACUGGAAUUAGAGGCGAUCAAAUCCUUAAAAUAGCAAGCGACCGGCUUUCGUCGAUAUGCAUGGGCUUUGCCAUAUGCAUAGUCAUAGGCUUAUUCAUCUUUCCCAUUUGGGCUGGUGAUGAGCUCCAUAAUUCAUUGGCAUCCAAGUUUGAUAAGCUUGCAUGCUCAAUAGAAGAGUGCUUGGAGGAUAACAUAAAACCCUUGGAUGAGAAAAAGGGGACUCAACUGGCCAAUCCUCACAGUAGUUGCAUAGCAGUUCUAUCCACCAAGUCUAGUGAUGAGACUUUGGCCAAUUUUGCAAAAUGGGAACCAUGGCACGGGCGGUUUGGAUUCUACUAUCCUUGGAACAAGUACCUACAAAUUGGGGAGUUGCUGCGGGAAUUGGCAGCUUAUAUCCUAUCACUAAGAGGAUGUCUACGAUCUAAACAACAACCUUUAAAAUCAUGUGCGAUGAUGGACAUCGGAGAUUAUUACAAAGCGACGUGUGUACUGCUUGCAAGCACAUUGAGAGAACUUGGGCACAACAUCUACGAUAUGAAGCGGAGUCAGCAAAGGGACUCAAUCUUAGCAAAAUUUGAGAUGACAAGGUCGGAAUUAUGCUCAACUGUGCUGGUGUCAAAGCUAGCAAAUCUUAUGAACCGAAGUGGCAGUAUGGGUGGUGGAAUUUCAAGCACAAGCAUUUUGUUUCUGUUGUUGGAGAUUACUGACAAGAUAGAGGAAAUUGUUAAAGAAGCAGAUGAAUUAGAAAAACUUGCAUGUUUUUCUCACACAUAACUCAUAUAUUGUAUAAGGGGAGUUAAUUUUGAAUUACAUGAGUCCAUGAUACCCAAGGUUUAAUAUAGUUAUCAUCCAAACAUAAACGAGACCGGGUGCCAGUAAAAGUAUAUUGGUAUGA